AUGAAACUUCCACUGGUGCCGUUUAAAUUGGUUACUGAGUUUAUGGACUCAAACGAAAUAAUAAAGUUAUCGAUGUGCUCUUAUCGUCUGGAAUCUUUUCUCAGAAUUUCGAAAUACAAACUGAAGAAACUCACUGUUCAUUUGAGCGACCAACGUUUAAGAUACGAUUUCGCUCAGUCGAAUAACUUCUUAUCUAUUCUUUUCCGGAAGCAGAAGACUGAAAAACAGUUGGAGCCAGUUUCGAAAAUGCAACAGUUAUGGGAAAGAUACGACGGUGAAGAUAACACAUUUUUAAUGAUUGAAUAUUUUUCAUCUAACACGGUUUUCGACUUGUAUAAAUGCAUCAAUGCACUAUUUUCUUGUUCUUUAGUGGGAUGGAACUUUUGUUUAGACCAACUGAGCACUGAAACUAUGAUGCAUUACUUGAACUUAUCACUAGCAGAAAAAUGCACCUGGUUCUCAUUUAUGAGAGGCAGUUUAAGUACUCCACUGUUAACCGAACUGAUGGACAAAAUACCGGUGUCGAAGCGACUUAAAAUUGAUUCAGAUAUUCCAAUAGAUUUUAAGCAUUCGAAUGCCUUAAAAUACCAUGUCACUAGAUAUAACAAUGGUAAAUGGAUAACUCUGAAUGAUCUGAAAUCAAUUAGAAAUGUUGGUUGGAUAGAGUUAAAGUCCACAAUUUUCGAUUGUAAUGAUGUCAACCAAUUUUUGAAUUAUUGGGUGAAUUGUGAAGAAGAUAUGCAGAAACUACUGGAUUUAAAUUUGAAUGAAGGCACAUUAAUCGACGAAGAUGUUCUUACUGAUCAACUCAUCACUGUGCAUGUCGAAGGGGCCAGUUCUCCUAAUUUUUUUAUAAAAGCAAAGAAUCACAAACACAGGAAAUUCGCACUUGGCCAUUUGGAGAUAGAGAACGAUAACUUGGUCAGAUUUUCUUCUUGGGAAGCUGUUGGAGAUAUCCAUGUUUUUAGAAUUCUCGAGUUGCUCGAGAGGAAAAAGGAGUUGGAAGAAGAAAUAUCGAUGAUAGAGAAAAGAGGAAAUCAGGUCGAUAUUUCUGAUUUCUCAGAAGAAAUGAGACAAAAUAAUUAUAAAUAUGAAGAACUACGGCGUUUGAAAAUAAGUUUGAUGAACAAGACCACGUCGGAUUUCAUUUUGAAAUUUAAGAUACUGGCUAUCCAAAUGUCUUGUUUGGGUAUUGGUGGAUAA